AUCAAAACAGACAUCGUCAUGGACUGAUUUGGAUUUAAAGAUUUACACUGGCUCUUGACUGGUAUCAAAUCGGCGGAACCAAAAAAAGAACUACAUUUGGGCUCUCCCCUCUUUUAUUUUCUUCUUACGCAUAACACAUACCAAAAUGUCAUCCCUAGCCGACGAACUUGCUGCCGAUCUCGACAUUUCAGACGACGAUCAUUCACAACAUGACGAUGAAGAAUCACAACAACAACAAGACGAUGCCAUGGACACGGACGAAAAAGAAAAGGAUCGUCAAAUUGAAUCGUCUGCUUCCAUGCCACAAGACAGUCAAGAACAAUCUGAAGACAGUGUUUUUAAAGUUAGCCACUUUUUACAAAACGAGCAAACAAAAAAGACUUUGGAGCGCAUUGAUUAUUUCAAAUCGCAAGAUCGUGACACAACACAGCUUUCCAAAGCACCAACAGAAGAGGAUGAAGAAUACCAACUCAUUGUCAAUGCCAACAGCAUGACAGCGGAUAUUGAUGGCGAAAUUCAAGUAGUGCACAAGUAUAUUCGUGAUCAUUAUGCUUCGAGGUUCCCCGAGUUAGAAUCAUUGAUUCUUAACCCUAUGGAUUAUGCACGGACCGUUAAAGCGAUCGGCAACUCGGACAAUAUCAACACAAACGAAUUACGACCCAUUUUACCAUCAGCUACCAUCAUGGUGAUCAGUGUGACAGCAACAACGACAGCAGGAAAACCGCUAUCACCAACCGGAUGGAAGAAUACAGAAGAAGCCUGUGAUUUGGCAUUUGCGUUAGACGCAGCAAAACGAAAGAUCAUUGGUUACGUUGAAUCACGUAUGGCUUUGGUGGCACCCAACUUGUCCAAUGUUGUCGGUAGUUCAACAGCUGCCAAACUUUUGACAGCUGCUGGUGGGCUGACCGCCUUUUGCAAGAUUCCAGCUUGCAACGUACAGGUUCUUGGAAACAACAAAAAAACAAAUACCGGGUUUUCUAGUGCAAGCAUGGAUCGACAUACGGGUUACAUUUACUCAUCAGAACUGGUGAUGGCUGUCCCGUCUGAUUUACGUCGAAAAGUGCAAAAAAUUAUUGCUGCAAAAUGUGUAUUAGCUGCACGUAUAGAUGCUAUGAAUACCUCGCCACAAGGUGCUGCUGGUCAGAAAAUGAGAGACGAGAUUGAUCAAAAGAUUGAAAAGUUACAAGAACCACCGCCGUCUAAGGUUACCAAGGCACUUCCUGUACCCGAUGAAGGCCCAAAGAAGCGACGUGGUGGUAAACGUGUGAGACGACAAAAGGAAGCCUAUGCCAUGACAGAAUUGCGUGCAGCACGUAACCGAAUGGCAUUUGGCGAAGCAGAAGACGAGGCUGAAUAUGGUGAUGAAACCGAAGGUCUGGGUAUGGCAGUCAAGCAAGUGGGCAAGAUUCGUGCGUCUAUGGCGGAUCAACGAAACAAGGUCAAGUUAUCCAAGAAGCAACAACAGCAACAGCAGAAAUAUGGCUCGAGCGGCAUGACAUCAGGUUUAGCAUCUUCGCUUGCAUUCACUCCUGUUCAAGGCAUUGAAUUGAUAGAUCCAACAGCAGCAGCUGAACGGGUCAAGAAGGCUAAUGAAAAGUAUUUCGGUGAUGGUGCAUUUUCAAUUGUCAGAAAAUAGAAAAUAAAACUGCGUUACAAGUAUGUAAAUGAUACUUUGUAAAAUAUACUUGCUCGAAUCAAUGAUGGC